AUGGCAGCAAGUGGAUCAGAAACGCAAACUAUCGAAAACGUUGAUCUUAAAGUUGAUGAUAAUCCAGAUGAGGAUCAUAUCGAUAUCGAAAUAAAACAAGUUACAGAAGAAACAACUCCAUUAAAAGCUGAUAGUAACGAUGAGGAACUGGAAUUUGGAUUUGGAAGAGACGAGCCAGUCUUUAUCACAGAUCAGGAUGUUGCCGAUUAUUCGGAAUCGUCGAUGGAAAAAUCAACAGAACUUUCAGCAGACGCCAAAAAGGCGUACGAAGAAUGGAUCUAUGUAGACAUGAACAAGACUACCCACGAAGUGAACGAGAACUUGCUUCUUUUGAGUUCAGUUUAUGGAAAAGAUCAAGUAUGUUGUUGUGUUAUGUGAACUAGAAGAAGCAUUAAUUUAUUUCUUGAUCAAGUAAAUCCACGGAAGGUUCCUUGAUUUCCAUCGUUUAGAUUGCAAAACGUAGAAGUUGUCAAAAAGCGGUAUGAGAUAUAUUAAUUUAUUUCAUUUCAAAAUGACCUCAAAUGUCAAGAAAAUGAAAGUAGAUACUAAAGUUGCGUCAUUCAUGGGAAUUGGGCCAGAGAAAGCCUUGUAUAUCUUUUAUUGGCGAGGGAAAGUAGAGAAAUUGUAAUAGGUACAUUUACUAUUAUAAAUAAGUACUUGCUCUUUAGAUAGAUUGUCAAGCAAACUCUCUAGGUUUUGUAAAAGAGGGCAAAGACUGGAUAGAUAAAGAUCUUAUGUUAACAACUGUUCCAUUGUUGUUCCGAUACAAAGCAUGUGACAGUACUCGAGAAUUGGUUGCGCUAAUGCUUAAAACACAUUUGAUAUCCGAAAGGGGAGGUAUUGAAUCCUUUGAGGAUUUCAAUUAGGCAGUAGGCUUAUGACACAAUUAUUGGCCAGCUAGUUUCAUGGAAAACACAUGAUUUUACUUGUAACCUAAUAGUGCAGUUAGCCCUAUUAAAUAAGUUUUCCUCAGGGUACUUACUAGUUUAUUUUAUUAACUGAGACCGGUACUUCAAGUGACUAAAUGAUUGGUUUAUAAGAGGUGCAUAAAAUUUAAUUAUAAUUUUCAAACCAAAUAAUGAGCAAUAUCAUGAUGAGAGAUAGGAGUGGCUCUGGUCACUUUAGCUACUGGGAUUCCCUGUGCUUUCAAAGAAAUACCAUCAGUUUUUUAGUGAAAAUUCUAAAUAUGUUGUAAGUAUUUGAGUUUGUCUGAAAAAUUGUUCCCUCUACUGGUUUUGCUUGUGACUCGAAUGCACCCAUCCUAAAACAACUGCCAGAACUAUUUAUGUAGAAUUUCCAAGAGGGUACAAUUUUCUAUCACAAGGGAAAUGUCAAUUCUGCUCAAUUAACCCUUUGACUCCCAAGAUCUGAUCAUUAACUCUCUCCUCUUGCUUCUAUACCUUUCCUUGUGAAUUGGUUACAAGAAUUUAGUGUUCCAUCAAGAUACUAUCUUGUACUUGAUAAGUUUGAGUAAUCUCACUAACUGUUUACUGGAUAAUGUUUGGAUACUAUAGGAAGGUGUUUAUCAUUUCUGGGAGUUAAAGGGUUUGAUAAUCAUGUUUAAGUUGGAAAGUAUUAAUCAUAUCUCCUUUGCAGCUUCAUCUGCACCAGGGACAUAAAAUUAUUAUUUAAUUACUAAUUGUACCAGGGACAUGGCUAGCCACCAAAAAGAAACAUCCGCUUUGUCUAAGUUUUUGAAGGAACUAAAACUUUAGUUUUAUUAUGUACAGCAUAAAGUGUUAUUGAUUUCCACCUCCAGUGACUUAAGUAGGCAAUAAAUAUCAGUGGCCUGAUAAAUUUAAGAAAAGUUUGUUCAAAAUUGAUCAAAUAGUGUUACUAAGAUAGUUAUCUGAACCCUGAUAUGGAAGUUAUGGUGGUUUUAGGGAAGACUUUAGUAAAAUUAUUAUGUCUGUAGCAAGAAACCAAGCCAGUAAUAGACUUUGAUAUUCUGUAACCUUUUUUUGACACUACCCUAUGAAAUAAAAUAACUUUAAACUGUGUUGUGUUCAUACAAGUUACAUUAUUCACACCACUCUGUGCCUUAACCCUCUAACCCCUAAGAGUGACUAGCAUCUAAUUUCUCUUUACAGUAUCACCCCUGACUCACAAGGCUAAAAAGAAACGAGAAAAGAGGCUCAUGAUUGUUAAACAAAUUCUCCUUGUCAACACUCAAGGAAAUGUAUAGAGAACAGUAUAGAGAAUAUGCAUACUGAUGUCAGGUUGUAAAAGGAUAACUAUACAUACCAUAUUCACACACCCUGUGCUGCACGAGUUUCUAUUUUGUCCUCAAGGUAAAUGUGGAAAAAUUACAUUUUUUAAAAUAUUUUCCACCAUUAUAAUAUAGGAAUUUUUGCACUUUCUUAUCCUUGCAGAAUGGAAUAAAAGGAGGGGUACAUGAGGGGGUAUGGGAGGGGGGUAGGGGAGGAGUGAGUAGGGGAGGAGGUGGGGGAGGAGGGUGGGAAAGGACAAGGCACAAGAGGGGAGUAGGAGAAUAGCAGAGAGAACUUGUUGAGGGGGAUGUUAUCACUCCAAAUAAUUAGCAUACCAAAUCUUAGGGGUUUUCUGCCACGUGCACAGUUAAGUGUAGGUUGUCAAGUUCAUUCGUCAGUAUUUUAGGUACUUCCGUUAAAAUAUCGUGAAAUUACGAGAAACUUAUCAUCGGUUAACAUUCCAUUGACAAUAUUGACUUUAAAGUUGGGUUAAUUUACGUUUCACGAGCUGAACUGAAGUUAGAGAUGAAUAGAAAGCGCUCUUUUAUCCUUUUUCGUUUUGGUAUUUCUUUCUUCUUUUAUCCCGAAGACGUUAGCCUUGACUUUCUUGUCAACCGAAGAAACCUUGUGAUAUCAGGUCUGUCAGUAACGCGCACGUUACACUUGUGGUAUGUGGUUGUGAUAAAAUUUUACGCGCGCGACACUCACUCGGGUAAAGUUCAGUUCCUGUUUAUACCCGAGGUUAUCGAUUCACUCUCUAAGUAAUUGAACGAAUUCGUAGUCGACCUUCGUUGUCUAAACGGAAUUCCAUAGGAAGAAAUGGUAAGUACAGUGAAAAAUUUGAAAAAUAUCUGUGCUUUUAAUUUGACUUAGAAGUGAUAGGCGUACCAAAUGUAAACAAAUGAAUUUAGUCACGAGUAAGUCACGAGUAAGAAACGAAGAGAAAGGGAAUCAGUACGUAUUUUUAUCCUCCACUCAUGAAUAAGAAACAAGGAAGUGAAAUUAGCAAUAAGGUGUUGCAGUGAAAGAUGUAAGACUGUUGCUUCAGAUGAUUCAGAGAUCGGGAGCUAAAUUAAAGUUUGUAGCUUAAGUAGAAAUCCGCCAACAUUGCAUCAGGCCGCCACUAAUAGCAGUAUACUUUGCACAUCAGAAAUAUCUGCCCAAGCCGUCUCGUACAGGUACGCUUAUCUCUUUCCAUAUAUUAAUCUUUGAAAAUCUUGCGUAUCCUUCUUCGAAAAAGAGUCGUUUACUCAGAAGUAUUUCGUUGUAACGAACGCAUAUUUAAUAUGGUUUCCAGUCCAAACUUCGCGACCUUUCACGUGUUAAACUUCAAUUCAAACUUCGCGACAGGAAGUCCAACUUGUGUUUUGAAUUUUAAGAGUGAAAACUUUCGAAAAAAAUAGCAUUUUGCAGCAGUUUAGCAAUACUUGAUUGAGAGCAUUUUGUUUUUUUAUUCUAGGAUUAACCCUGAAGCAAAAAUUUCUUCAGUUUUACUUUGUGUACAAUACCGAACUUGAAAGACCUUUACCUUGCAAAUUAAAUUACUGAUCGUCUUUUAUCGACUCGGAAUUUGUCCUCCAAAUUUAGUUAUGGAAACGAUUGUUUGAUAAUAUUCUUCCCUACUUCAGAGUAGUGUUAACUUUUAUUUUGCUAUUAUAUAAACUGUCUGUAACAUUGAUACAUCAUUGAAUAAGUAUUUUUAUAACGGAGACAUUCAGGUGGGCGAUCACGCGACCAUCAUCAAUUUGACACCUCUCAAGAUCUCCUUGUUAUGGUUGAAGGCUUGAGAAUUUGGCGCUCAGUCAAAAUAUAUUACCUCUUUAAUCUUCGCAUUGCCUUCUGCUCGAGAUUGUAUUGAAAUUGAAAUAAUUUCCCAGCGGUCCUUAAUCUGAUCUUGACGAAAUAUUGCCGAAGUUCUUCGCCCCUAAAAUCGGUUUACACCAGCCGUCACUGAAUCAUUGGUCCACCGCCAACUGUAAUGUAACUGUAAUCGUAAUUCCUCAAUUCUUUCCUGCCAAGAAAAAUUCUAAAUGCGUUCAUGAAAACUAUACAUUUUCAUGUACAUAGUAUUCAAGUCGCCGCAAAGUUUUAUUCGAUCUAUAUGUCGUCAUCUCCCGAUGUAAAAAUAUAAUUUGUGUAAAAGAAGUCAGCAAUAGGAAUGCACCAGUAAGAGCUUUAACCCCUAAGAGUGACCAACAUCUAAUUUCUCCUUACAAUAUCACCGCUGACUCAAACAUUAAGGUCAUGAGAAUAAUGGAAAUGAUCGUCAAUUACAGAAGCUGUUGAUUGUUAGGCAAAUUCUCCUUGUCAGCACCUUAGGAAAUAUGUAGAGAACAGUAUGGAGAAUCUGCAUACUGAUGUUAGGGUGUAAAACGGGAAGCGACAUGAGUUGUCAUAUGAGCUAAAAUUAGCUUGAAAUUGGUUACCAUCCUCUAACUCAUGAUGUCUCUUAAAUCGCAAGAUCCCUGAGAGAAAAAUCGAUCGGAGGCGUUGAAACAAUUUGACGUGUCUAAGUGCAAAUAAGUGGCAACCGGUUUUAUAUUCACAGGAGGAGGAUUAUCAAUAGUUAUAAAAAGACUGGUAGUUUGCACCUUCUCAUUAAAGGUUUUUCCUUCCUCUUUUAUUGGUUAUCUCAAAUCUCUCACUGGCUUGUAACAUUAGCGUCGUUUUUCGGUGUUUUCGUUCCUAUCCUCGCGAGAAGCGGGAAGGGGAUGUGGGAAAGGAGAAGGCGGAGGCCUGGGCUCAAUAGCCUCGUAGAGGCUGGUAGUAAAUUGCUACUAAAUUUUUUAUUAGUUUUGUCCUGUUCUCUUUUGUCUCUCUGAUUACAAACAGCUUUCAAUCCAACAGUUCGAUAAAAAGAGUAGUUCUGCUUCUACAUCACCCAAACCAGGCGGUAAAUACGAACAGUUGAGAACCAAAUUAGAUUGGAACAUUUCGUUAGUAAUUCCAAUGGAAAUCACCACGAACAAUGUAAUCAGCAAUGAAAAGUAGCACAUUGAUUUUUCAUUUUCUUUGCUGCUAUUUUUGACUUACAUUACACGUUGUUAUUCCAAGCGACUGAAUCUGCAUUUUAAUCUGUUUUCAUUUUCUUGAAGGUUUCCGCAAGUAAUGACUAAACACCAGUUGCCAUUCGGCGAUCUAAACAACUCUCACUGCGACUGUUCAGCAAUCCCUAGUUGUCAGUUGGAGUGGAAUCAUAACUUCCACGAGGAUCAAACCACCGUUUUGAGAACUAAUGGCUCAGACGAGGGGUUAAUUACUGAAAUAAAAACUCGGACAACGCACGAUUUGAUUCCGGUGGAAAUCGCACAGCUGCACACUGACAAACAUCCAAAGAUUAAAACCCCAAACGGAGAUUUUGAAUAUGUAAAUCUUAAUCUUCAUUUCUGGGAAAGAACGAAAUCGGACGGCGUCAGACACAAAAUGGAGAAAUACAAACCGAACUGCUAUUAUGGAAAGACACAGGACACAAGCGACGAAAACCCAGCUAGUUCUAAAAGCGCCGAUGCUUGCCGCGGAUCGGUUCCAAAUCCAGUUCAUAGUGUCUGUGGGAUCGCUGAGAGUUCAGUAUUUUUCUCAUCAAUCGGAGAAUGGACAAUAGUUGAUCUCAAUCUUCGAGAUUUUGAGAAGGAAGAUGCGAAACGAACACUUUAUUUAAGAAGGAAAUGCACACCUUACAAAGAAGUUGAACCGGAGAGUUUUUGCCUUAUUCUCUGAACAACUUCAAGAAAGGAUGGUUGAAGGGAAAUCCAUCAAUUACAGAGGAGUAUUACGAAACUAUUUUGAACAAACACUCUCAGAUACGAAGCGUAUUUCGUACUGAGAAAUAAUGAAAUAUAAUAGCAUUGUUAAAUUUAUUUUUAUUUAGAAAUUAACUGUAGGAUCAGUCGAAAAUGAAAGAUCGCUUGUUCCUUUUUAAGCAUUUUCGUAAUAGGUUCAUUUUGAGAAUUUUGAGCGAACAAAAGUUGUUACAAAACGCGCAAUCACUUUGUAACUUAGUUCAAAUUGCUUUUUUUUUCCAAAAGCGUAAGAUAUGUUUACAUUUUAACAAAAGUCAGACUUUAAAGAAGGAAUUUUGAGGAAUGUGAAUUUGUCAUAGUAAUGUACUUUCUAUAAAAAUCUAGAGGUCAGCUUUACAAAUACAGUACAACUGAGUUUGCUUUCCCCUGAGUUGCAUUCCAAAAGAUGACUGGAAGUCAUCUGAGAUGGAUGUAAUCAAAAGCCUGCGUGACAGAAAAUAUGUAAAAAAACAAUAGCAAAAUAAACAACACCUG